AUGGAUCUCACCGUGAUCAAGACGAUUUUUCGCAUCCCUAUGAGUUCUCUCUAUACUUUUAGGUUCAAACGUCAGAGAAGGGGCGUGAAAGUGGAGCACAUGGAUUGUGAGGGCUACCGAUUCUGUUACUUCACGCGGGGACAGCCUGGACCUCGUCCAACCAUCCUGAUGCUUCAUGGGUUCUCUCUCGACAAAGACAUAUGGUUAAAUACAAUCAAACUCUUUCCUCGUGACCUCCACUUGAUCUGCCUUGACAUGCCCGGUCAUGGAGAAACCACUCGCCUGCUGGGGGAAAGUUACACAGCUGCAGCUCAGACUAAACGGAUACACCAGUUUGUUGAGGCCAUUGGCCUGAGCAAAAAGCCUUUUCACCUGGUUGGCAUGUCUACGGGAGGAAUGGUUGCCGGCGUUUAUGCUGCUCAGUACCCAUCUGAGAUUUUCUCCUUGUCCCUCCUUGGCCCGGCAGGUCUAAAGUAUCCAACAGAAAACGAGUUCUUCGUGCGCUUAAAAGAGCUGAUUCAGGCCAAGAACCCCGAUGACGCUGCUCUUAAUCCAGUGACUGAAAAGCAGGGCAAAUACUUGCUCAAACUCUGCUUGCAUCGCCCCAGCAUUGUGAACACACAGCUGCUGAAGGGUUAUCUCGACGACCGGAGACCACAUAAGAUGUUUUUCAUAACAUGUUUCUUAGACGUCUCCAGUGCUCAGUCCAGAUACAGCCUUCAUGACAACAUGAGCAAAAUUAGGGCACCUACACAGAUCAUUUGGGGACGGGGUGACAAGGUCUUCGAUUCGUCCGGCGCAGAAGUUUUGGCAACAGCCAUUCCCAUCUCCCAAGUGCACAUGCUAGAGAAAUGUGGACACUUCAUAGCACUUGAGAGACCCAAGAAAUCUGCAAAGCUCAUCCUAGAAUUCUACAACUCAGUUUGCGACAAAGCAGAGACAAAGAAGGCAGCAUAAACCUCACCGAGUCCGGCAGCUGGAGUAUUUAAAGGGACUUCCUACUCUG